AUUAGUCGUCGUUCAACUCUUCGACCGCGAACAUGUUUUCAGCAUUCUUUACAUUCGCCGUCUUGGCCUUGCACUUUUUAUCCUCAGUCAGCUCCCAGGGCAUUCUCAAAUUGGAUGAAGGAGAUGAAUGCACCAUAAAUGGUAUGACUGGAAAGUGCACCCUUCCAAACAACUGUAAACAUAUAAAUUUUAAGAAGACGCGGCCGCCAAUUUGCAGUUUCAGUGAUUUCACACCUGUCAUAUGCUGCAGUCCAAAGCCUUUACAAAAUUCACAAAACACUUUAAGACCUUCAGAAAAAAUGUGCAAAUCGUUGGCGAGUUUUUGCCAGCCCAGGCCGGUCUACGAGAAGAUCAAUUUAUUCCCAAGAGUAAGGCGCCAGGACAUCCCAAAUUUGGAAGAUAUCCUGACCGAACCUUCCGUCAACAACACGGAUUUCCACACGACCGUUGUCGGCGGAAAGGACGCUCAAGCGAGAAAAUACAAGGGAAUGGCGAUUUUGGGCUUUGGGAAAACCAAACGACUUGUCCGGUGGAGUUGCGGCGGCACCUUGAUCACAAACCGUCACGUCCUGUCGGCCGCUCACUGCGCACAUAGCACUCUAGGCAAGCCGAAAUGGGUUCGGGUUGGUGAGCUAGAUUACUCCACCGACACCGACGAUGCAAGACCACAGGACCGAAACGUAGAGGCCUGGAUAAGCCAUCCGAAUUAUAAAAAUCCCAUCGCUUACCACGACAUCGCGAUCGCCGUUAUGGAUACGGCUGUAGUCUUUAACGACUGGGUUGCACCGGUCUGCCUCCACACGAAGGAAAAUAUUCCUGCAGAAAAAGCCACCGUUGUCGGUUUCGGAAGGCUAGGUUUUGCUGACCAAUUGAGUACCGUUUUGCAAGAAGUAGAUUUAUCCUUGAUUGACGGGGCAAAUUGUAGAAAGCUUUUUGGCUCAGAAGGGAAGAUUACACCGAAUGGAAUUGACGCCAGGAUGCAGCUUUGUGCCGGCGAAAUUGCCGGUGGCAAGGACGCCUGUUUGGGUGAUUCUGGUGGGCCUUUUCUCAUCUCUUUACCAGGUCAAUGUCAACAAACCUUAAUAGGAGUUGUCUCUAUCGGUAAACAGUGCGCUCUGCCCAACACACCAGGAAUUUACACGAGGGUGUCUUAUUAUUUGGACUGGAUUGAAAAGACUGUUUGGCCUAAUGGUGCAUAAACAACAUUUGGUUUAAGUUUAAAUGAAUAAUAACGUUAAUUUAAUAAAUAUUUUUAACAUUUACCUGAAAAUUAAAAAAGAAUAGUAACAACAAAAUAGGGAUAUAAGUGAACAACGAACACCGUUUGGUGGGUCUUUUUUUCGCUAGAAAUAAAAUGUUCCAAUUGUACGCCAAAAAUACUGAUUUGUGAAACAACAUAUAUUUAUAAAUUUGUGAAUUUAUUUUUGAAAAUGUAGACUUUUCUAUUACAAUUGUUAAUAUAAAUAAACAUAUUAAUGUUUAAUAGUAAUAAUGUGAGUAAAACAUGUAAUACGUAAAUAGUGUAAUAGUAAAAAUGUAUUUAAUGGUAUGUAUAGUUGACGAAAAAUAGCGAAGAAAAUAUUUUUGACUUUUGACAACUAGCUGUUGUUAAAUGUUUUAAAACUGUUGACCUUCGACAAUUUU